AUGGGUCUUAAGGGGCCCUUAAUACCCAAGGAGAAAGAGGAGGAUAAGAACGAAGACAGAGACGACGAGAAGAAUGAGGAGAAAGACGAUGAGAAGACUGAGGAGAAAGAUGAUGAGAAGGCCAAGGAGAAAGAUGAUGAGAAGGUCGAGGAGAAAGAUGAGAAUAUACAGGAGAAAGCAAUUAUAUCUGGCAACCGUGGCAACUUGAAAAUGAGGCAUAUUGAUUUUUUCGGACGAUCUAUCCAUAUUAUCCACCAAAAACAUGAUGGCCCCUGCGCCCUUAUUGCAAUAUGCAAUGUGCUACUGCUCAAGGGGGACAUCUUUUUUGGAGCAUGUGAAACUGUGGUUUCAAUCGAUUAUCUACUUGACCUUGUCUACUCUCUUAUAAGUGAAAGUGCGAAAAUGCAGGCCCAUUAUCCUGAAAUACAAAGAAUGAUAUGGGAUGAGGCACCGACACAGGCCAAAGGGUUUGAUGUGGACAUUAUCUUCACAAGGCUGGCUGCUGGUGUUCUGAUAUUUGCAAUUUUCACACUGCAAGACGGAUGGUUUUACGAAGACACCAGAGUGGUUACUACUUGA